UAUUUGAAAUGGAUUCAAUAAAAUUUCCAAAUGAUCCGGAAUUAAAGAAUAUUAUAGAUAAGUUGGCAAAUUUUGUUGCUAGAAAUGGACCAGAUUUUGAAGAAAUGACUAAGAAUAAACAACGAGAUAAUUUAAAAUUUUCAUUUCUUUUUGGAGGGGAAUACCAUCCAUAUUAUAAAUUUAAAGUUCAAGAGGAAUUUAUGGCUUUUAGAUUUCAACAACAGUCACAAAAUCAAAAUUUGCAUUCAAAUUUCAAUCCUCCAUGGCAACAAGCCAAUAUUCAACCUAUUCAUUCUCAACAUAUGCAACCAUCAAAUUCAUUAUUGCCUAAUCCUUUUCCCAAUCCUAACAUGAAUAAUAUGAUGCCAAAUCAACCAUUUUUAUUCAAUUCAAAUAAUAAUAAUAAUUUAAUAAACCAACAGAAUAACCCAAUUAUACCUCCAUAUAUUCAACAUCAACAAUCAUUAUUUCCACCUUAUCCAAAUUUUAAAAAUACUUCCAAUACAUUUGAACAACCAAAAUCUACCAAUAUGAAUAAUUAUAACCCUAAUAAUUUCAAUAAUAAUAAUUUUAAUGAUAAUAUUAACUAUAUACCUAAUAGUAGAUCUAACAACAGCUCUUUCAAUAACACCACAAUCUCUCCUAAUAUAUGUUCAAAAUACAGCUAUGAAACAUUAAUGAAUUCAGGCCUUAAUGAUGUAGCUCUUCAAAAAAUCCAAGAAAGUGAAAAUUAUUUAGCAUCACAGUUUCAGUCACUCUUAAAUCAACAACAAGCAAAAGUAAAAAAUGUGGUAGCUACAGCACAAUUUGGCAAAUUAGUACAAUUGAGUGAAGAAUGCAAUAUAAAUCUCUCAGAAUUAGAUAUGAUUGUCAACCCAAUCAUUGAAUCUUGCACUAAAGAAGCAAUCUCGAAUGGUAAAGCAUGGAUACUCAAAAACAAUAUCAACCCUAAAUUUCCAGAAUUUUUGGCUAGAUAUUUAUUGAAACGUAUAAUGGCGGUAGAUGCUAAUUUUGACAUCAGGCUUCACUUGAUUUACCUGAUCAACGAUCUUAUGCAUCACUGCAUUCGCAAAAACGUGGAAGAAUUAAGAGGCGCCCUAGACAAUAUCAUAAUCCCCAUUUUUUGUCAAACCUACGUGGAAACGCUGGAUACUGAGAGGGAGAAAUUGGACAAGCUGUUGCAUCUAUGGGAGAGCAACAAUUAUUUCAAACCCGAAUAUUUAAACGACCUAAAAAACGCCAAGGAAUCGCUCGUCACUUAUAAUUCCGACAUUGCGAUUGAAUACGGGCACGUAGUUGAUAACGUGAUUGCUGAAUUCGAUCAUCUUCGAUCCAAUCUGCGACAGAAUCAUGAAAAAAUGGUGGAAGAGUUGAAGAUGGAAAUGGGCGGAAAUCUGGAUAGUGGCGGGCACAAAAAACCUCCAGGAUUGAUGGAUAUAGAUACCGGAAGGAACAGUGCAGAAGAAACUGAAGCUCCUAAGAGUUUAUUAGGAAAUCCACCCGUUAUGAUGAAUAGCAGCAUUCCUAAUCAACCGAUGCCAGGCAACAAUUUCAAUAACCUUAUAAACCAAAAUCCUAAUUUAAUGAAUAACCUUAUGUUUAACAAUGCGAACCCUAAUGCUAUGCUUGAAAUGCUCACUUCUUGCAUGAAUUCUGGCAAUACAAACAUGACGGCACUCGGUGGAAAUAACCCAGCCGCUAUUUUAGCCGCCAUAAUGAAUAAUAAUCAAAUGGGAGGAACUGGAAUUAGUAGUUUAAUGCCUCACCUUCCUCCACCAAUGGCAAUGAUGAUGAUGACCAUGAUGAAAAAUAAUGGGAUGGUACAACAGAAUCAAAACAAUAACCUCAACGCUAAUAUUCCUUUCCCAUUUCCGGGAAACAAUAAUAAUAAUAUGGCUGCUAAUCUAAUGAACCUAUUUAGCACGUUCAAUAAUCAGCCCCACCUCAACAAUCCCCAAAUUAUGAACAACGGGAAUAAAGAACUCCCUAAUUUCGCACCCAUACACCCUCCGGCAUUUAAAAUGGAUCCCAAGGAUAAAUCCAUCAUCCCCGGAUUGCCUUACUUUGACCUGCCAGCAGGGCUCAUGGUUAAAUUAAUCAAGGAUGAAGAUGUUAAUUACAAAAGUUUAGACCCAAACUCGCUCAGGCUGCCUGCUCCAGAUCCUCCCUCUGAACAAUUAUUAGGAGCUGUAGAAGCAUUUUACAGCCAGGCCUCCCAUGAAGCACCUAGGAAUAUCGAGGGAUGGGAACAUUUGGGUCUCUUUGAGUUUUACAAGUGUAAAGCCCGUUACCAAAAGUCCACGAAUAAACGUCAAACAUCCUCUCCAAAUCGUUCUGAUCAAUCUUCUCGCCAUAGUUCCCGGUCUCGAUCUAGAUCAUUUUCUAACGAUUCCAAUUAUUCUAGUUACGACUCGACCCGACAAAACGACAAUGAUUAUGCCAGCGAGAGAGCCGAUGAUAGGAAAAUCAAGAAAAAGAGAAGGAGACGCAGGGGUGGUAGAAAAAAUCGAGGCAGAAGAAACAGAAAGGCAUUGAAAGAUGACAAACUCGUUGGAGAUCAAGAUCAUUCUUUAAACGCAUCGCGAAACGAUGAAAAAGAAAGUGACAAAAGAGUCUUCAAAGAGUUCAGCUCUGACGAGGAAGAAAAAGAUGCGAAUGGGAGAGAAAGGAAUAGACGCUCGAGAUCUAGAUCCCGCUCAAGAAACAGAACCAGCCGACAUUAUUCAAGAAGAUCUCCUUCCCCGUAUAACAAUUCGAAUUCCAGGGGCAAUGCUAAACGGAGAUCCCAAUCACGAUCUCCCAUUAAAAAUGAGCAGAAUGAUAACUAUUAUCAGCCGCCCACUGAAGAUAUCUUCUCAAUCAAAGACGUUUCCGAGCAACAAAGAUUAGAUGAAUACAAUAAAGGUCAUCAACUCUUGAAAAAAAUGGGUUGGAAAGGCGCCGGUUUAGGUCUAAACGAACAAGGAACACAAGAUCCCAUAUCCGGCGGCGAGGUAAGAGAUAGAGUUAACCAAUAUAAAGGGGUGGGAGAACAACCCAAAGAGAUGGAACCUUACGAAGAAUACAGAAAAAUAAGAUGCAAAAUGCUUUACAAUCGAUGAAAAUGUUUUGCAGCCUAUCGAUUAUUUAAUAUAUCAUUGUAAUUAUUUAAGUUUUAUAUUUUAUUUCUUCUUCACCCCCACUCCAUAACUUGAUUUAUACAUUACUUUUUAAUGAAUUAUGAACAAAUUCUUAAAUAAAUGAUUAUAGACCUCGA